UGACCUUCCAACCUUACUUGAGGUCAAGCGACGAGGAUUGAACUCUCGUUGCCAACUGACUGGAAAAAUGCCGGAAAAGGAUAACGCGGCGAGCAGUGGCGGCGGGGACGAAACCGGCCCGGGCUCCGGCGACAUCUGCCGAGACUUCCUGCGCAAUGUGUGCAAGCGCGGGAAACGCUGCAAGUUCCACCACCCGGAGGUCAACGGUGCGUCCGAGACCUCCUCCUCCCCCUCCUCCUCCUCUUCCUCCGACGACCGGCUCGUCAGCAAAGUGGGGAUUCCCGUCUGCUGGGACCAUUCGAAGGGCGAGUGCCAGAGAGGAUCCAAGUGCAAGUUCCGCCACGAGCACGAGAGCGCGACCUGCUUGUCGUGGGACCAGGUCUACUCCCCCUCGGUGCGUCGCUACGACCCGCACAGCGACCUGUACGAGAGCGAGCGGUACGAGGAGUACGCCCACAUCCUGAAGCGGAGGCGGGUGGAGAGCAUGCGCUUCGAGGCGUACGACUACGGGAUGCCACGUCCUUACCUGGCGGACUGGAGGUUCCUGGAGGAGGAGAAUCUGAUGCUGAGGAACCGCAUUGAGGAGCUGAAGAAGCAGGCGUCCAACCUGAUGGCCACCAACGAGAUCCUCCUGGAGCAGAACGCUCAGUUCCGCAACCAGACCAAGGUGGUGACGCUGACCUCGGGUCCAGCCGACCCACCCACCGUGGGCACCGUCACCAACUACAACCACAGCAUCGUGCAGACGCACACGGCCCUGGGGGCCCAGGGCCUCCAGCCGCGAGCCAUCUCCCAGCAAGAGCUGGUGGCCUCGGCCUCGCCCGCCGUGCCCCCCGCCAACCCCGACAUGUCGUCGCUCCCCGCGGCCCUGGCGCAGACCCUGGCUCAAGGUCUGGCACCCACCGUCUCCAUGGCGCCCGUCACGGUGUCCGUCACCCCAGUGGCCGUCACCAUCUCGCAGCCCAUCGCCGGCAUCACCAUGAGCCACACCACCACCCCCAUGGUCAGUUAUGCCAUCGCCUCCCAGGGCAUGAGGAUCACGCCCAUCCCUCACUGAGCUCAGAAAACCCUGGAACUCAACAUAGCGACCAGCCCGGGAUUUACCACACUGCUUCCGGAACUCCACAGGGGCCUCGAACACUCAAACCCCUUUCCAAACCCAUUCCCGAGUGUAAAUCCUUCCAGCGUGCCCAGUGGCUUUGUGAUUGCUUCCACCGUCCCCAACUCCUCCCUUCCCCGUUUGUAAUUCCGAAUUGUGACUUUCACUGUAUUAAAGCUCCCAUGGACCAGGUGGAUCUCAACCGAGAUUUGACUUCCUCCAUCACUAACGGACAAAAUGUUAAUGUGUUUGGGUGUCCACAUGUUGAGAGCUUACCAUCAGUGAGGUGUGAAAGUUUGUACAGGGUGUCCACAAAGUCCUGUUCCCCACUCCACCACCCCAAUGUGUUUUUUUUCUCUACAGAGCACUGACCAAUAGAUGAAAUGUGUAAGAAUGAUGAUAAUUGUAUUUAGAAGUUACUCCAUUGUAUUCAGUACAA